UUUUUCUUUUUCUUCCGGUUCAGGUUGGAGUAAGAUGCCUGGUGUAACUGUGAAAGACGUGAACCAGCAGGAGUUUGUCAAAGCCCUCGCUAACUUCCUAAAAAAGACUGGUAAACUUAAGGUACCAGAUUGGGUCGACACUGUUAAACUCGGAAAACACAAAGAACUAGCCCCAUAUGAUGAGAACUGGUUCUAUACAAGAGCAGCCUCCACCAUCCGCCAUAUCUAUUUGCGUAGUGGUGUUGGUGUUGGGUCCAUGACAAAGAUUUAUGGUGGUCGUAAGCGUAAUGGAGUACGACCAAGUCACUUCAGUAGAGGAUCCAGAAGUGUUGCCAGAAGAGUCCUCCAGGCACUUGAGGGACUCAAGAUGGUGGAAAAAGAUCCAAAUGGGGGGCGCAGGCUAACACCUCAAGGACAGAGAGACCUAGAUAGAAUUGCUGGACAGGUUGCAGCAGCUGGCAGGAAACAUUAAUCUUGGGAGAAUUCACAAAAUAAAGUUAUUUUUCAUUUACA